UGCAGACCGCGCUGCCGCACCUACGCGGUCGAGAGGGAAUGACCGCUGCUGCUGAGCUCAGCAAAACCGGCGCGAACCAGAGAUUGAGUCACGUGACUGACUGGAAAGAUAUAAUAGAGCAAGGCUGGGGAAGCAUUGCAUGAUAAGAUAAGAGAAGCAGAGGAAUCGCACACAUGGAGCAAAUCAUCUACCAUCCCGUAUUGCUCAGGCUUGAGAGAGUGCUUCAGAGCAUUGAGGGCAAGGACAAGAUUGCCAGGCUAGCCCAGUAUCUCUCCAGAUACCUAGCGUUUUACUACUUGGGCCAGGGCAAACGAAACCAGAUCAUUUUGUUCACCAAUCUUCGAAACACCAUCUCAAUCAUCAGAAAAUAUAUUCGGUUCUUUGAGUGUUUCCAGUACUUGAACAACAUCAACGACAUUUUCCGCUCAGGAAACGACAAGAUCGACCUGAUUGUCAAGCAUCUAUCGGUGAUCAAGAACUUUUUCUACUUUUUCUACCUUUUGUUUGACUCCAUGUUUUUUUUGAAUCUGCUCAAGAUGCUCAAUUUGAAACGGAAAGACUUGAGAACCCUCAGGCAUCUCGUCAACAUCAACUGGUUCAUGGGAAUCUUCUCGAACAUCUUGGUCAACAUAAGACGGCAUGUCAUCAACCACCGCAAAUUGCAAAGUGCCACCGGGAUUGGUAGAAGCAGCAGCGAGGACGACCAGCUCGAGGUGAAGAAAUACUUGGACCGGUGCUAUGCAGAGCGACACUCGAUUCGAAGACGCCUUCUCUGGGACGCCCUUGAUCUGGCUAUUGUGGCCAGCCGGUUGAACAUCGUCAAGGUGAACGAGGGCUACUUGGGGCUCGCUGGGGUGCUAACGUCUGUUUUGGCUCUCCAGGACAUCUACCAGAAGUGAGCAAAUGGUGAGCCAACCAACGCCAUGUUCUGCCGCACACACAUGCACAUUGCCCAUGUGCCAGCGCAGCGGGUUCUGUUGGGAGUGGACUCGUUUCGGAGCGAGACUUCGCUCG